AUGGCCGCCCUCGAAACCAAACCCACCGCCAAAAGCAGCGACGACGAGUCGCCCAUCGAGGAGGUACGUCUCACGGUGUCCAACUACGACGACCCAAGCCUCCCCGUUUGGACCUUCCGGACUUGGUUCCUGGGCCUAAUCUCGUGCGCGCUCCUCUCCUUCCUCAACACCUUCUUCCAGUACCGGACCGAGCCGCUCGUCAUCUCCAUGAUCUCGGUCCAGGUCGGGUCCCUCCCUAUCGGGCGCUUAAUGGCCAGCGCGCUUCCCACGACGACGUUUCGGAUCCCCGGGUUCGGGGACAGACAGUUCUCGUUGAACCCGGGACCCUUCAACAUAAAGGAGCACGUCCUCAUCUCCAUCUUCGCCAAUGCAGGUUCUGCGUUUGGGAGCGGAGCAGCAUAUGCGAUCGGCAUCGUGGAUAUUAUCAAGGCCUUUUAUCGUCGAAAAAUCUCCUUCUCCGCUAGUUGGAUCCUUGUUAUUACUACACAGGUAUUGGGAUAUGGGUGGGCUGGGAUACUGAGGAAGUACGUGGUGGAUCCUGCGCACAUGUGGUGGCCGAGUAGUCUGGUUCAGGUCUCGUUGUUCAGGGCUCUACAUGAGAAAGACGACCGCCGCAUGUCACGAGGGAAGUUCUUCCUGAUUGCACUGAUAUGCAGCUUCUCCUGGUACCUAAUGCCGGGCUACUUUUUUACCACUUUGUCAACCAUUUCAUGGGUCUGCUGGGCAUUCCCAAAGUCCGUGACAGCCCAGCAGAUUGGAUCGGGCAUGGAUGGGCUCGGUCUUGGGUCUUUUUCCCUCGACUGGUCAGUCAUUGCCUCAUACCUUGGCAGCCCUCUCAUCAGCCCCUUCUUUGCCAUUGUCAAUGUUGCUGCUGGCUAUUUCCUAAUCUUGUAUGUGCUAAUUCCAAUAUCCUACUGGGGAGUAAAUCUGUACGAUGCCAAGAAUUUUCCAAUCUUCUCCUCACAUUUAUUCACUGCCCAAGGACAGAAGUACAAUGUUUCUGCCAUUGUGAACGACAACUUCCAGCUGGACAUUCCAGCAUAUGAAAAGCAGGGACACAUUCACCUGAGUUCAUUUUUUGCUCUCACAUAUGGUAUUGGUUUUGCCGCCAUCAUAUCUACCCUCACUCAUGUGGCACUGUUUAACGGGAGGGACAUAUACGAACAAUUCCGAGCUUCAUAUGGUACUGGGAGGGAAGAUAUUCACACAAGACUAAUGAGGAAUUACAAGGACAUACCCAACUGGUGGUUCUAUGUGAUGCUUGCGUUGUCCUUCAUACUAUCUCUAGCAUUAUGCAUUUUCAUGAUCGAUCAGGUCCAAAUGCCAUGGUGGGGACUCAUCUUUGCGGCCGGACUUGCAUUAACUUUCACUCUUCCAAUCAGCAUCAUAACAGCCACAACAAAUCAGUCACCAGGACUAAACAUCAUCACGGAAUACAUCAUGGGUGUCAUAUUGCCAGGUAGACCAAUAGCCAAUGUCUGCUUCAAGACCUAUGGGUAUAUAAGCAUGGCACAGGCAGUUUCCUUUCUGAGUGAUUUCAAGUUAGGCCAUUACAUGAAGAUUCCACCGAGAUCAAUGUUCAUUGCUCAGUUCGUAGGGACCAUAAUAGCGGGAACAAUCAAUCUUGCAGUGGCAUGGUGGCUGCUGAACACCGUUGAGAACAUAUGCCAGGAUGAAUUACUACCUCCCAACAGUCCCUGGGAAUGUCCUGGUGACCGUGUCUUCUUUGAUGCAUCUGUCAUCUGGGGUUUGGUUGGGCCAAAACGAAUUUUUGGCUCCCUUGGCAACUAUUCGGCACUCAACUGGUUCUUCCUAAUAGGUGCCUUGGGACCUCUCAUGGUAUGGCUGCUCCAGAAAGCUUUCCCCAGCCAGGAAUGGAUCUCACUGAUUAACCUUCCAGUACUUCUCGGAUCUACAGCAGCAAUGCCACCUGCUACAAGUGUGAAUUUCAAUUGCUGGAUUGUGGUUGGAACUAUAUUCAAUUACUUCAUUUUUAAAUACAGAAAGAGUUGGUGGCAACGGUAUAAUUAUGUUCUCUCGGCAGCCAUGGAUGCUGGGUUGGCUUUCAUGGGGGUGCUUCUGUAUUUCUCGCUUACCAUGUGGGGCAUCGGCAUAUCCUGGUGGGGUGUUGAUAGUGGUGAAAGCUGUGAUCUGGCUACGUGUCCUACUGCCAAAGGAAUACUUGCUGAUGGCUGCCCUGGGUCUUAA